ACAAACACUUUUCAUCAGCUCUUAAUUGAUGAUGUUAAGUCACUGUACCAACUAAUCCAUUGUAGUCCAGCCCGGUUAGGAUACCUGGCUUUCACCCAGGCGACCCGGGUUCAAAUCCCGGCAAUGGAAAUUCCUUCCAUUUUUUUUGGCCAGAAAAAAAAGCCAAAAACUGCAAAACCCUUAAACCCUCAAAAGGGGUUUUAGGAAAAAAAACACAGAGAGUCAAAGAGAUAGAGAUGAAUGGUGCAGGAGCACCAGAUUUCUUCUACAGAGAAGCUCAACGCCUUGGCUAUGUUGCUCGCUCUGCCUUCAAGCUUUUGCAGAUGCAGAAGCAGUACAAGCUGAUAAAACCCGGUUCCUCAGUUCUCGACCUCGGCUGCGCCCCUGGUGCUUGGCUUCAGGUAGCGUGCCAGAGUUUGGGUCCUCUUAAAACUGGUGGGGUUGUUGUGGGCAUUGAUCUUAAGAAGGUUAAGGUUCCUCCUCGUCACUGUGAUGCAAGGGUUAAAACUGUUUGUGCUGAUGUCAUGAAAUUGCCUAAACACCAAGUUAGGGCUCUCUCUCCUCAGCAGAAAGGGUUUUCUGUGAUUCUUUCAGAUAUGUGUCCCUUGGUUUCUGGAAUCACAACUAGGGAUGCAGCUUUAUCAGUUGAGUUGGGAAUGCAAGCACUUGAUUUGGCUGUUGGUAGAGCUACAUUACAUACACUGGAUGAUAAUGUUCAGAAGGAAAAAGAGAUGGACGGUUCAGCCUCUGAUUUAGAGAAUGAGGGUGUUCUUCUAACAGGGGGCCAUCUUGUCAUAAAGCUUUUAGAGAGUGAAGAUGUGAAAGAAAUCAGCCAGAUAUGCAAACCACUGUUUAGAAAAGCAUCAUGGUUGAGGCCAAAAGCCACAAGAUCUUCAUCCAGAGAGAUUUAUCUGAUAUGUCAAGGGUUGCAGCAAGGACAAAGAUAAUUUGUUCCAUAUAAUUGGCUUCUUGUGCCAGACAGGCCACCAGAAAUCAGGAUGAAGAUCAUUGUAAUUUUAUUUUUACUUGCUGUGUACUCUAGGAUGUAGUAAGCCUGGUGCUUGUAUUUUCAAGUUGGAAACUGAAAUCUCAUUAAAUGAUAAACAUGUCAUUGUGACCUGUUCAAGAAUCA